CCUAUCAGAGGCCAGAUGCUUCAGUGAAGUCAGCAUUAUCACUUAUGGGCAAUACAGGAAAUUUCGUCUUUCUCACAUCAGGACGGUGAAGCUGAAGGCAGAAGAGUUUUAAAACAAGAUUUGCCCAUUUGAAAAGUGAUACCAAAGUACAGCACUCUUGUGAAGUAAUUUCCACGUUAUGCAAUAUUCUGUAAACAGGUGGGAAACUGUGAGAUAGACGCCACAGAAGAAGAUACAGUAUAUGAGUGAAGGGCUUCAUGUUGCAUUACAGAAUGGAUGGCUGUGUAAUUUCACCUUUGUCAGAAGAAUUAAUUCCGUAUGAUCCAGACACUCGGCCAAUAUAUGACUUCUACCCGUAUCUCAGUACUGACCCUCAGACUCAUCCUGAAAGUGGCUGGGACUACACAGGCAUUCAUGGCCAUCACGGUGAAUUUGAGCCGCCUCAAGGAAACCAUUUCACAGAGCUGCAUCCCAGCACAUACCGCUAUGGAGACGUGGAGUCCUUCCAUCCAUCCGUAGAUUCAGGGAUGGGAACACUUUUACCUGUUGUUCCUCCACAGGUGGUUUCGUCAGGGUGCGCAAGUGGAUUGGAUGCAGUUAAUUACCACAGAUGUGUCCCAGCUCUGAGAGUUAGUGCACCCUCAGUACUGUAUACUUAUGUACCCCAUACAAUGUACCAGCGGUCCCCUGUCCCCCACUGCAGUACUGAUGAUGAGGAACCCGGGGGACGCAGUCCACCCUUUGAGGUGUCCGAGGGUGAGGAGGACAAUGACAAACACCCAGGCAUCUCCAGCACUCUAUCAGGAAACAAACGGAAAGUGCGCCUCUAUCAGUUCCUCCUGGACCUUCUGCAGGACGGAGACAUGCGGGAUUGCAUCUGGUGGGUGGACCGAGAGCGAGGCAUCUUUCAGUUCUCCUCUAAACACAAGGAGAUACUCGCCGGCCGCUGGGGCCAGCAGAAGGGCAACCGCAAGAGAAUGACCUACCAGAAGAUGGCCAGGGCCCUGCGCAACUACGGCAAGACCGGAGAGGUCAAAAAGGUGAAGAAGAAACUCACGUACCAGUUCAGCAGCGAGGUGCUGAGGAGGACGACUACGGAGAGGAGACAGUAUCAUCACUGAAACUCUGGACACAAAACAUCUCGUUCAGAUCCAGUGUCUCUUACCUACAAUAUUAAUAAUAAUAAUAUUCUCAGAUUCUCUCCUGCUAUUGUUCUGCAGCAAAACAUGUAAUCUCAGGGAUAUGUAAUAUGUAAAGGUAAAUCAGAGAUAUAUAAUAUUUGAAUAGCUGACAAAUGGAUAUGGACAAUAGACAUUUUUAAGGU